CGACAUGCCUGCGAUGCUUUCAGCGCUGAAUUCUAAUAUUAAUAUAAAAUGACGAUUCAUUAAAAUAGCCAGCACAAUGUUUUAUUGUUUUAAAAAAUAUAUAAUAACAAGUAAACACAUUGUAUUAUGAGGCGUUUAAACUUAAAACAGCGCCAUACAAAAUAAUAGUGGCUCGGCUUUAGGACCCGGCAGCGCGACAGCCACCAGACACCGGUUGAUGAGACGGUCCACUCGGCAUCGCUCGUCUAAUUACCCGUCAAAGAGCGGUGCUUCGCCCCGGACAGAGUAGUCGGAGGUGAAUUUACUAGACGGUGAAGGCGAUACAAUAACGAGAGCAUUCAUUUGUUGUCUUUGUCCGUCCGCGUCACCCCGCACCGUGGAAAGAAGAGCCGCCGCUUAUCUCACCGGCGACAACCAUGAGCCAGAGGUUCACCGUCUCCAAGAGCGACGGCGACAGGCGCCCCUCAGACAUCCAGGGGGAGGUGAACCAGCUGUUUGAGGGAGACGAGCCCACGACCAGCAGCGGCGCUGAGGGGGAUGAUGCAGCCGGUACCGAGGUGGUGGUCGUGCUGAAAGGUGACAGUAAUCCCAAGGAGAGCAGCCCCUUCAUCAACAGCAGUGAUGCUGCCGCAGAGAAGAGCCAGCAGUAUGACGGCAAGAACAUGGCCUUGUUUGAGGAGGAGAUGGACACCAGUCCCAUGGUGUCGUCUCUUCUCAGCAGCCUGGCCAACUACUCCAACCUGCCCCAAGGUAGCAAGGAGCACGAGGAGGCUGAGAACAAUGAGGCUGAGUCAUCGCGCAAGAAACCUGUCAAGGCCCCCCAGCUCGGCACUCUGAUGGGCGUCUAUCUGCCGUGCAUCCAGAACAUCUUCGGAGUGAUCCUCUUCCUCAGGAUGACCUGGUUGGUGGGAAUUGGAGGUGUCAUUGGGACUUUCGUCAUCGUCUUCAUGUGCUGUGCAACAACCAUGCUGACUGCCAUCUCAAUGAGUGCCAUCGCUACCAAUGGAGUAGUGCCAGCUGGAGGCUCGUACUACAUGAUAUCCCGUUCGCUGGGCCCUGAGUUUGGGGGAGCAGUGGGGAUCUGUUUCUAUCUGGGGACCACCUUCGCUGGAGCCAUGUACAUCCUGGGGGCAAUCGAGCUCCUCCUGAUCUACAUAGCACCCAAGGCGGCCAUCUUCCCCCUGGAGGGCCUGGAGGGUGCCGAGGCGGAGGCCGCCCUGCUGAACAACAUGCGCGUGUACGGGACCAUCCUGUUGACCUCCAUGGCCACGGUGGUGUUUGUCGGCGUCAAGUACGUCAACAAGCUGGCACUGGUGUUUCUGGCCUGCGUCAUUCUCUCCAUCCUCGCCGUCUACGCUGGGGUCAUCAAGACAGCGCUCGAUCCUCCAGAAUUCCCUGUGUGUCUUUUGGGCAACCGUACUUUGGUGUGGAAGUCGUUUGAUGUGUGUGCCAAAACCACUGAGACAGCUAAUGGGACAAUUGUCACCACCCAGCUGUGGCGCAUGUUCUGUGACUCACCUUUCCUCAAUGCUACAUGCGACAAGUACUUCACAGCCAACAACGUGUCUCAGAUCCAGGGCAUCCCGGGGGUGACCAGCGGAAUCCUGGCAGAGAACCUGUUUGCGACCUACUAUGGAAAGGGGGAUUUGAUUGCCCGAAUUAAUAUGGAAUCAGCGGAAGACCAGGACGACCCUCUGACCAACUCAAACCGCUAUGUGUUGGCCGACAUCACCAGCUUCUUUACGUUGCUAGUCGGCAUCUACUUCCCCUCUGUGACAGGGAUCAUGGCCGGCUCCAACCGUUCAGGAGACCUGCGUGAUGCCCAGAAGUCCAUCCCCAUUGGCACCAUUGCAGCCAUCACCACCACCUCCACUGUCUACAUGUCCAGUGUGGUUCUGUUUGGCGCCUGCAUCGAGGGUGUGGUCCUCAGGGACAAGUUCGGAGAGGGAGUCCAUGGGAAUUUGGUGAUCGGCACGUUGGCUUGGCCAUCACCAUGGGUGAUCGUGAUUGGCUCCUUCUUCUCCACCUGUGGGGCGGGUCUGCAGAGUCUGACAGGAGCUCCUCGUCUCCUACAGGCCAUUGCCAAGGACAGCAUCGUGCCCGCCCUUCGGAUCUUUGGCCAUGGAAAGGCCAACGGAGAACCCACAUGGUCGCUCCUGCUGACAGCUUGUAUCUGUGAGAGUGGCAUCCUCAUUGCUUCUCUCGAUGCAGUGGCUCCCAUCCUCUCCAUGUUUUUCCUGAUGUGCUACAUGUUUGUGAACUUGGCCUGCGCUCUGCAGACGCUGCUGAGGACUCCAAACUGGAGACCCCGCUUCAAGUUCUACCACUGGACUCUGUCCUUCCUGGGGAUGAGCUUGUGUCUCACUCUCAUGUUCCUCUGCUCCUGGUACUACGCCAUCGUUGCCAUGGUGAUUGCCGGCUCUAUCUACAAGUAUAUCGAGUUCGCAGGUGCGGAAAAAGAGUGGGGUGACGGAAUACGAGGUCUGUCUCUGAGUGCCGCGCGUUACGCUCUCAUGCGAUUGGAGGAAGGUCCCCCGCACACCAAGAACUGGAGGCCCCAGUUACUGGUGCUGGUCAGUACAGAUGCAGAACAAAACGUGGAGCAGCCUCGUCUUCUCUCUCUGACCAACCAGCUAAAGGCAGGCAAAGGUCUGACCAUUGUUGGAACAGCUCUAGAGGGCACCUACCUGGAGAACUAUGAACAGACCCAGCGUGCAGAGCAGGCGUUGCAUAAAAUGAUGGAGACCGAGAAGGUGAAGGGCUUCUGUCAAGUUACCGUAUCUUCGAACUUGCGCGAUGCCACCUCCCACCUCCUCCAGGCCAGUGGGCUGGGAGGCCUGAAACAUAACGCUGUGCUGGUAUCCUGGCCACGCAACUGGAGGCAGGGAGACGAGCACCAGACCUGGAGGAAUUUUGUUGAGUUGGUCAGAGAAACCACCGCUGCUCACCUGGCUCUGCUUGUCCCGAAGAACAUCGCAGCCUUCCCGUCCAAUGGAGAGCGCUUCACUGAGGGUCACAUUGAUGUGUGGUGGAUCGUCCAUGAUGGAGGCAUGCUGAUGCUGCUGCCCUUCCUCCUCCGACAGCACAAGGUUUGGAGGAAGUGCAAGAUGCGCAUCUUCACUGUGGCCCAGAUGGACGACAACAGCAUCCAGAUGAAAAAGGACCUGACGACAUUCCUCUAUCACCUCCGUAUUGACGCCAUGGUGGAAGUUGUUGAAAUGCAUGACAGCGACAUCUCAGCCUACACUUACGAGAAGACCCUGGUGAUGGAACAACGGUCGCAGAUGCUCAAACAGAUCAACCUGUCCAAGAAUGAGCGUGAGAGAGAGAUCCAGAGUAUCACCGAUUCGUCCCGCGGAUCUAUCCGCCGCAAGAACCCGGCCGCUGUGACCACCCAGCUGAGUGUGACCGAAGACCCGCCAGCAGCCAGCAAGGAGGAGAAGCCUGAGGAAGAGGUCCAGCUAAUCCACGACAACACCACCCCAGCCAGCCCUGCAACCCCAGCCACCCCGUUGUCCCCAGAAGGGGCUCAGAGCCCCGGAGAGCAGGUCCAGAUGACCUGGACUGAGAAGUGUGACGGCGAGCCAGCCAAGCCGCCUGGCGCAGCCACACCAGAGGGCAUCAAAGACAUCUUCAACAUGAAACCUGAGUGGGAGAACCUGAACCAAUCCAACGUGCGACGUAUGCACACAGCCCUCCGGCUGAAUGAAGUCAUCAUUAAAAAGUCCUCAGAGGCCAAGCUAGUCCUCCUCAACAUGCCCGGGCCACCCAGGAACCGGACAGGUGACGAAAACUACAUGGAGUUCCUCGAGGUCCUCACUGAGGGUCUCAACCGGGUCCUCUUGGUCCGCGGAGGCGGCCGAGAGGUUAUCACUAUCUACUCCUGAAAGAGCAGUCCCUUCCCCAAACGACACCCCCUCACCCCACCCUCAGCCCUGUUCCUGUGUCACCUGUACUCCCACCCUCUCAUCAACGCUGCUUCAUCAUCAUCAUCAUCACGUCACGCUUGCGUUUAUUUCUGUAAGGUAGUCCUCUCACACCCAACCAAUAGCCCAACUUCAGCUUCAGCACCACUCCCUCUGCUCCAUCCCCCAGCAGAACAAUGAGCAGGAUCACAUGCUCAGCUUCAAACCCUUCAUUCUUAGUGUACUACGCUAACUAAACUAUAACUAUUGUAGGCUCUACACUAAUUUAGUUAGAUGCUUUCUAAAUUUAUUCUUGAAGAGACUUUUUUUCCCCCGUUGCCAGUCUGUGAACUACUGUAGUAACUCGCAUUGAGUCACUCAGUAAGGAGGAAGGAGGAAGGUGGUGGUUGUGGGUGUGGGUUGUUAGUUGAGGUGUGAGCACACAUGCAUGUGUGUGUCUGUCUUUGUUUAAAUCUCUGCAGAUCUCUGUUUCUUGUUUUGUUUUGGGGUUUUAUUUCAAAUACAAAUGUGGCAUAGCAGCGGCUUCUGCUCGGAAAGAACGAGAGCCAGCUGAAAUGAGCUCAGUGUAGGAUUGUCUGUUUAGUCGCCUCGUUGUGAUCGGACACCUCCCACAGCGUUCCAGCCUACUUGUCUUUGAUGUGAUUUAUCUUUCAAGGCAAAAGACACUGCUACCCACGGUCAGGACCACCAGCUGGAAAGAGAAGAAUAAAGUCGUUGAGUACAAACUGUGAAAUUCACACACUAAAAAGGCGCGUGGAUCAGACCUGCAGUAUUAUCUUUAACCUGAUCACUCUUUAGCAUGACAUCCUUAUAACUGUGUGUUGUUCUGUUACUGCCAUCACAGUCUUUAUAUUUCCCAUUCCUCCUUUCAACUCAUUUCCUAGUGGCUGUUUAUCCCCAUGGCCACUGUUAGUGCCAAAAAAUAAAUAAAAAAUACAACAAGGCUAGCUUAGUCUGUAGAGAUUGACACGUAAUUAAACUGUGAAUAGUGCGUUUCCUAGCAGAAGGCUGAUGUGACAGCAGAUAGGGGAGACAGUACAAACCCCCCGCUGAGGAGAUUAUCAUUGCCAGCACCCCUCGACCCUCGUGUGGAUCACUGUAAAUAAUGUACAAGCUCUGACGCGUUGUUCAGUAUGAGUGUAGUAUUUUUGUGACAUACUAAAAAGCUUCUAGUGAAGAGAAAACGUUCCUUCGCUCCGAGGGACAGCUCAAAAACGCUGUUUUUAAAUUUGAUUUAUUUAUUUAUUUAUUUAUUUAUUGGAUGGCAUAGGCUCCUGUCACUAUGGUAACUGUCAUUGUAACCUCGACAAGCACUGCACCUGCACUGUCCGCCACUGUGCAACAAGUGAAAUUUUGAUGAAUUCAUCAAGUUCAUUAAAUACAACAACAACAAAAAAAAAAUACUAAAUGUUAUUUUUUCAUCUAGAGAACAAAUAUGUAUUUAUGUUUAUAGACAGAAGUUACACAUAUUGAUGAAAUAGUUGUACGUCAUUUUGAUUGUCACUCAAAGAUAUAUUGUCAUUUUGCCUAAUUUAGAUACAUUAAAUGUGCCAUAUGAAAAUAUUUUUCAAAGAGAAAUAGUGAACAAAAAUUGUAUUGCUUAAAUCGGAAAGAACAAAGUGUGCUAACAACAAAAAGAAAGAAACUGUAGUCGGAAAGUCACCCUAUAGAUGAUAAAAACAAAAGAUGUUCAGACCUCCGCGAAGCUAACUACCGACUCACGUAAAGUAAGCAUAUCAGCUCUUACUGAGGUAGCUUUUGAACAUCUGUUGGUUUAUUGUUUGUAGGGUCUAGUCUAAAAUAGAGAGGACAAUGGCUUCUGUAGCUAGGAAACUCACUUUGUCCGUAAGACUGAACUCUAUGCAGUAGACUCUCCAGUGCGAUUUUAUAUCCUCUAGAUUGGUUAAGAUUUGAGCCACACAUGUCCCUGACUGAAUGACUUGUGAGCAAAUCAUGUUUAGGUUUAAAAAAAAAAAAAAAAGAAGUGCAUCUUGGAAGGAAUGUGCAAUAGUUGAAAUCCGGACUCAUGUGAUCAUGUUAUUUAUUUUUUUACACAUAUAUUUUGUAUAUGUAGAUUUCGUAAGUCUUUAAAAAAAAAAAUCCAGAAUCAUCUCACUUUGACCAAGGACAGCUGUCACUUUAUUUUGAUUUGGUUUCUUUUCUUGAAGAAACUGUUUUUGGUCAUUUGCACUUGUAGUAGAAAUAUGAAUAUAAAUAAAUACGUAUAUAUAUACAGUAUAUACAAAUAUAGGGAAGCAAAACUAGUUUCUAGAACUAUUUAAAAAGUAUUAAAUGUUUUUAGUGUUGCUUGAAUGUCUGACCAUAUGUUGUGAAUGCUGCUAGUAUCAAUAGAUUUAUUUGUACUGUAAAUAGGGAUGACUAAAGCAACAUUAAAGAUCAAGUGGAAAAGGGUAUAGACAUACAUAUCAGUGGUGGUGGCUGUCAAACAAGACAAGGCUGUACCUGUAAACAUUUGGACAGGGUUAGCUUUCUGUUUUAUUAUAAAUCUAUACUGAAUAUCUUGAUGCAAUAUUACAACUAAGGGCAAGUCCGCCUCCCUUUUAUUCUCUUUUUUAAAAAGAAAUGCUCUCUUGAUUAUUACCAUCUUUAAUCCCAUGAGUAAAGUGAACCAAUUUUAAGAUAACAGAUUAUUAAUUUACGUAGUUUACUUAAAGAAACUUAACAGAAAUGCCAAAAUAUGUUUAGAUAUGAAUACUUCUGCUAAACGUUUGCCGUUUGCAAAUUUUUAACACACCUACCUUUGACACCUGUGAUACUUAAGAGGCAGCCACUCCUAGUUUUCAAAGAUUUUAGGGUGCCAAGUGAUGAAGAUUUCCUUUAAUAUUCUUAUCACGCUUAACGCUGACGAAGGGGUUGUUUAACGCUCACAUCAGUUUUUGAAGAACAUGGCUAUUUUGGGAUUGUGUCCACAACAUUGCCUGCAUCAACUGAGCCUUUCAAAAAAUGUAUUCAAAAGAGAAGAUAUCUGAUGUUUAUUGGAGAAGUUUAUUGGAAAUGAAUUUAUUUAUUGAAUUAUAAAUGUUUUAUAAUUGCUGUUUGCAUGGUACUAUGUGGCAAUAUUUGUUUUAGUGGUUUCUAUAGUGAUGACUUACAUGUUCAAGGUGCAGAGCGGGGUAAAAGGUUGUCAAACGUUCUCACUUAGUUACCGAUUUUGAGAACUCGGAAGUGUUUACUGCUGAGUCGGAGACGUGGCUAGACCUUGAAAACGAGUCUUUUGCAAAAAAUAAGAAAAAGUAUGAGUUCACUAUAUUGUUACUUGUUAUAUUUCAAUCUUGCUCAAGUAGUCUUAUGUAACGUAAUAGGAAAUUUUGAGUUUGCGAAUGAAUGGGCCUUGGAAAUGGUCAUUUCACCUGUGUAAAUAUAUAUCACUUAAGUCAGAGACACUGUAACCUACUAGUGUUGUCUUUUGUUGUACACUGUUCUAUCACUGUGGACAAAGUCUUAGAGUUUUGUAAGAUUAUGUGCAAUAUUGUUCUCACAUUGGUCAUCUCUCAUUUUGUCACAGUUGUGUUAUUUCUUUUUCUAUAAACAACCGGAGGUGUCAGCAGUCACUUAUAUUUCAUCAGCAUGUUUGUCACCAGGUCUUUUGGACAAUAAAGAUUUACAGUGUUUAUCCCAAAUGUGGCUGAGACAGCAAAGCACUGUAACUCUGUGACAGGAUCAGUCUGCAGGACUGCGGGUGAGGGGGGGUGGUCCAACAAGAGCCAGCCUGCUCUGUACAGACUCUAUCCCACAGCGAUCUCUGGUGGCUCUUAAGUGUAUUACAGCCAGCUUCGAAGGUCUGAUAGUUCAGACUAUAAAAUCGGAUUAACUCCCAUCAGCUUGCAGCAGUUUUGAACUGCAGUAUUUCAGAGACCUGUCUGACUUUUGUUUACAUCUAAUCAUGUGAGCAUUUUCUUGGGCGUUUUAGCAUGCAUCACAUUCUUUCCUUUCUCUUGCCAAACUUCUUAAAAAGAAUAAUUAGUAACUGUUAAAUUUAUAGUGCUUGUCACUCAAUCUGUGAGGUGAGCCUUCCCAGAAUCCCUCCUCCAACCCUCACCCCUUCAUCCCAUCUUCCCCAGAUCCCCUGGCCUCCCCCAUCCCAGCCACUAAAUCCACCCCAGCUCUGUAUUUUAAAUGUGAUUGCAGUAUAAUUCUGAAAAAUGAUCAAAGAAUAUAAAACUCGCGCUUCCAAUUCUGGCACUGGCUCUGCUUGGACAACACGAGAUAGUCGACUUAGAAAACCAGCACGUCCCCUCUCCCCCCAAACUGAUCUAUGACUUAGAUCAGAUCCUUCGCCUGCACAACUGUAGCAUGAGACAAACUUGCCGGUGAUCAUUACCCAGUCUCCAUCCUUAAAUGGAUAUUAAGGGCUCUGAAACACAUCUGUUACCGGGUUGAGGAGGCUGUCCUGUUAAGACACCAACAGAGAAAAUACAAAACAAAUCCCAGAUGAUGGCAGAGAGGGCACACAGUCUGUAGCUGCGAUACGUUUGUACCUUUCAGUAUAUUUUCACAGAAUCAUCACACAGAUGUGCCUGAUGUUGGAGGUAAAAAAAAGGAAGAAAAAAAAAAGUUGCACUUACAUUUUACAGUCGAUCUCUGGGAGUCAGAUGAGAAUAACUCAAGUGGCUAUAAAUGUAGUGCAAGCAGAGCCCCGUUCCAGUUAUGUUGUGUAACUCAGUGCAUGCAUGCAAUUACCCUAAACAAGGUGUAUUGAAAAUAUAUUGGGUGUUUGUGGUAUAAAAGUAUUUUGUUUAUAUCAGUUAGAAACUUUCAAGUAGUAUGAUUUGUUUUCUCUUUCCUUAGGACUUGGCCAAUCAUUGUAUUCAAGAUGAGUAUUAUUAUAGUACAAGAUUCUAUUUUUUAUGGUGGAUUUGUUGACAACGUCCUUUCAUUGUGUCAAAUAUUAUCUGCAGAUAAACUGAUUACCAAAGUAUAUUUCAGUUCAACUACAUAAAUGAUAGUGUGCAAAUGUGUGCUCCAGUGAAUUAGACACAGCGGACAAGAAAAUAUGUUUUACUGUAGCAAUUAUUAGUUAACAGAUAAAACUAUUCUUUCAAUAAGUUAAAACUAAGAAAAUUGGAAGUGCCAAAGUAUUAGGAGA